UCUGCUUGACCAGGAGGGCUAGAUAGUUUGUUACCCUUCCAAGCUACAUUCGCUUGUUUCUUAACCAGUUUUAUAAUUCGCUAUCUGUUGCUUGUCACAUCUGCUUGUAGUGUGUGUGGAGCAUUGGACAUUAUUGCUAUUAACAUUAUUUCUAUGCAUAAUGGGGAUCAAUAAGACGUAUAUCAGUAUAGGAUACGCGACUGUCGGCAUGCUCAUUGGACUGUCGGCUUUUCUUGUAUGGAACAUCGCGUAUAAACAACCCUGGACGGCGGCUAUGGGGGGGUUGUCGGGUGUGCUGGCUCUCUGGGCUCUCAUCACCCACAUCAUGUAUAUGCAAGAUUACUGGCGUACCUGGCUGAAGGGUUUGAAGUUCUUCCUGUUCAUCAGCAUCCUCUUCUCCAUGCUGGCCAUGGUGGCCUUCUUCAUCUUCCUAUCCCUCGCUGUCACAUACAAGCAGUCUCUGACUGACCCCGACAGCUUCUACCUGUCCAGUGUGUGGAGCUUCAUGACACUGAAAUGGGCCUCCCUGCUGGGCCUCACCUCACACCGAUAUCACAAGGAGUUCGCUGACAUCAGCAUCCUCAGCAACUUCUGAAAGCCCCUCCUCUCUCCAGCCUCACCUCCCAUGACCUGGAGCUGUGCAUUGCCCCCCUCAUGCAACCUGGAGUACCCUGU